CAUAACAUCAUGGAGGAAACGAACACCUUCGUUACGUGGCCGUCACGUCUGAAGAUCGGAGCAAAGUCGAAGAAAGAUCCGCAUAUAAAGGUCGCGGGUCGACCGGAUGACGUGCGAGCAGCGAAGGAGAAGAUAAUGGAAAUUUUGGACACGAGGCAAAGCAACAGGGUAACCAUGAAGCUGGACGUUAGUUACACCGACCACUCGCACAUCAUCGGAAAGGGCGGACUGACGAUUAAACGGGUGAUGGAGGAAACUGGAUGUCACAUCCAUUUUCCGGACAGUAAUCGGAGCAAUCAUCAGGAGAAGAGCAAUCAGGUGUCGAUCGCGGGUGAGAUGGAAGGCGUGGAACGGGCCCAUGCACGCGUCAGGAAUCUCACGCCUCUGAUCUUUUCCUUCGAGUUGCCGAUCAUGGGCGCGUCGCAGGCCGUGCCGGAUUCAACUUCGCCGUACGUGGUUAAAAUUCAGGAGAAAUACAACGUCCAAGUGAUGUUUCGUACCAGACCGAAAUUGCACGCCACCCUGGUCGUGGUUAAGGGUUGCGAAUGGGAGGUAUCGCAAGUGAAGGAAGCGACCGUGCUUCUCAUUCACUACAUGUGCCAAAACUUAGCUAGUCAAAUACAAGUACAAAUGUCGAUGGAGAUAUCGCCGCAACAUCACGGCAUCGUGCUCGGCAAACAGAGCGGUAAUUUGAAGAUGAUCAUGCAGCGCACGGGCACUCAGAUAAUGUUCCCCGACGCCGGGGAUCCGAACAUACCGAGCUUGAAGAAGAGCAACGUUACCAUCACAGGUGGCAUCCACAACGUUUACUUGGCCCGGCAACAGCUAGUGGGUUCUCUGCCUUUGGUCUUGAUGUUCGACCUUCCCGAAGAGUCCAUGUCCUCGGUCGAUACCGAGAACGUUUCCCAAUUGAUGCAAUCGUUGGACGUGUUCAUAAACGUGAGGCACAAACCGAAACAGAACACGUUGUCCGUGAUCAUCAAAGGAAUCGAACGAAACGCCAGUAAUAUUUACGAAGCGAGAAAACAACUGUUGGGUCUGGAAGAGCCGAGGGUACACGCCGAGAUACCUGCCACCUAUCACAUCCCGAACGCUGCCAAUAUCUUUCAGGGAAACGCUAGCAACGGUUCCAGUCCCAACAAUCUGAUUGGCAGUCUCUCGGAUAUAUUGACGAUAAACACGCAGAAUCCUCCGUACUGCGUGUCGCCUGUACCUCAUUCGCCGAAUCCUAUGGGUUUGUCGCCUCAUUGGGGUUUACCACCGAUACCGUCCAUGUUUUCCCCACUGCCGCUUCAUCAUUCUUACCCGUACCCGCACCUAAAUCAUCUGCUGACCACGCAGCACGUGAUGCACAACAACGCGAUGCCACCUCAUUCCCAUGGACUGCAAAAUCACGCUUUUACCGGUAUCGGACAACUUAAUUCGAACGUGCCUGCCGGCUUUCACAGUAUUCACGGAUUGAACGGUAAUUCUUUGGCGGACAGCAAAGAAGGCAGCGCUUAUUCGUCGUUGAGCAGCGUUUCCAGUUCUCUGUCUAGUCCGGCUAUCAGUCCUCGUAACAUAUCUCCGGUCAAUCCUACCGAGAAUAGUACCAAUUUAGAUUUAUCCAGCAUGUUGUCCGAUCUUACGGUAUCCGAUCGUCGUGCACCGGGUUGCGAGAAGAAAUCGCUGGAGAUGGCAGCGCAACAGAAUCUCGUCCCUUUCGACUACGAGCAAAAGAAAUUACUAGCGGCGAAAGCGAUUCAAACCAAGCCAAGUUCCAACGACUAUCGCGUUCCUACGUCCGCUUGGUCCGGCUACGGACUCAGUCAAUCCAUUCCUCCUAUAAGUACGACCGAUUUGAACAAGGAACUGACCACCUCCCAUCCGUCUGACUUGUGGAAGGAACCAACGACGCCGGUGUUCAGCAGAGAGAUUGACUUUGGAAUCGGUUCCGGCAAAGACCGCGUUGGACAGAUCGGCAUUAGUUCCAACUACAUGGAGCACACGCCCACUUCGCAUUUGAACAAAAUCACGUCUCAUCGAUACGAUGAUUUAACCAGCAUGCUGACGAGCAUUGGAUUGGAAAAGUACAUACGCCUGUUCACGUCUCACGAAGUGGACAUGGCUACCUUUCCUUCGCUCACGGAGAAAGAUCUAUGCGAAAUCGGGAUAACCGCUUGGGGUGCAAGACGUAAAAUAAUGCUGUUAAUCGCUGAAAUGAACAAACGGACUAGUCCAUUCUGCGGUAGCGCGGCUCCCGGUGCGGAACGGAAAACGACUACGUCAACGACUUCGUCGUCGAUAGAGAAGUGUAAUCUGGAUACCAAAUGGUAGAAAAGACGAAUAAGCGUUGCGAGUUUCGCAAAAUUCGUGACAACGAAUCCAAGAAAGAUUUAGACAGGACCGCGUUGUACUUAAACCUGGUCCCGCGUUCGUGCGUAGACUCGAUUGCGUUUCGAGACUUUUGGAACGAGAAUCGAAAUCGAAAUCGGAAUCGCAAUUGGAAUCGAAAUCGAAAUCGAAAUCGAAAUCGAAAUCGAAAUCGAAAUCGAAAUGAAAUCACGCGGGCCUAUUCGCCGACUCGACGGUAGGAUCAAGAUAUGUAUAAUUGAUGUGUUAAUUUGCGAUUCUAGGCACCGAAUGAAUAGACGGAUGAUUCUUUUUGUGAUCGGGGACUGUUUGC